CACACACACACACCAACAGCGCUGGGGAGGAGCAGCACAAAGGCACUUCAAGAGGCAGUCGGAUACACAGUCACCCUGGGAUAGGAGUGUGUUUUCUAUCAGUGUGUUUCAGGGUACCUGGUGUGUGUGCUAUGGAGAGUCCUAAGAGGAGAAUGGCCUUUAAGAAGCUGAAAGGGAGGUGCAUCGCUGAGCUGCUGCCCUUGGGCUGUACCCUCCAUCUCUUAGCCAGCCCCCAGACGGAAGCCAACCACAAGGUGUCUCAGGCUGCCAGCAACUGUCUCAGGACCAAGGUGGCCUUCAGGACCAAGGCUGUAGUCUACUACACGGAAAUCCUGAGGAACAGCUAUGUCCAGCUCCAGCAGACUGCCUGUCUGGCCCUCAAGUGUCUCAAAGCGAUGGAGAGCGUGGAGCAGGAGGUUGAGUUGUGGUGGUCAUCUGACGAGGACCUGCGCAGUGCUGUUAGAGAGACCGUGCUAUCAUAUGCCUUUAACACCAUAGUACCCGACAAGCUCAUCAUUAAUCUCGAGGCCCUGGAUCUGAACCCCGCCCUGUGCAACUGGGUCCUGGACUUCCUGACAUGCCGCCCCAGGUGGUGAAGGUAGGAAACAACACCUCCACUAUGCUAAUCCUGAACACAGGGGCCCUGCGUGGCCACGCACACCUCCAACUCAAUCAUCAAGUUUGUAGACGACACAACAGUAGUAAGCCUAAUUACCAACAAUGAUGAGACAGCCUACAG